AUGUCCUUAGUUUAUAGAAAAACACUGAACUUUUUAAAAGGAAAAAAUGAAGAUGAUAAGGAUAUUAAAAUAAACAUAAAUGGGGAAAACAAAAGGACCUGUAACAAUUCCGUGAUAACGUCUAAAUAUACCGUUUUUAAUUUCAUAUUUUUAAAUAUGUAUGAACAAUUUCAUAAGAUAUCAAAUGUGUACUUUUUUUUCAUUGGUAUAUUACAAGUAAUACCUCAAUUUACUGCUACCAAUGGAAUUCCCACAGUUUUUUUUCCCCUUUUAAUUGUUCUAACAGCAAAUGCCAUAAAAGAUGCUUUUGAAGAUUGGAAUAGGCAUAAAACAGAUAAAAUUGAAAAUAAUAGAAUGUGUUAUGUUAUUGUAAGUGAAGAAGAAAAGAAAAUAUAUCAAGAGAAAAGUAAUAAGAAGAAUAUUUUUAAAAAAUUAAAAAGAUAUUUUUUUGGAAAUCGUAAGAUUUGUAAUACUGAAAAUUAUUAUGAUGAAGAUGAUAUGUAUGAUGAUGAAAUUACUGAUAUUAAUGAUUAUAUUAAUAAUUAUGAAGAUAAUUUAGAAAACAUUGAAGGUACUGUUAAAAAAAGAUGGAAAGAUAUAAAAGCUGGUGAUAUUAUUUUAUGUAGAAGAUCUGAAUUUUUCUGUGCAGAUAUCUUAUUAUUAUGUACUAGUCAUAAAAAUGGUAUUGCUUUUGUUGAAACCUCUAGUUUAGAUGGUGAAACCAAUUUAAAAGUAAAAGAAGCUAAUGGAUUUUUAUUUAAUAUAUUAGGUAAUGAUAGAAAUAUUGCAAUUGAUAACGUAAAAAAUUUAAAAGGCUUUAUUUUAAGUGAUAAACCAAAUAAAGAUUUAUCCACUAUGUAUGGUACUAUUUAUUAUGAAAAAGAUAAGAAAAUAGAUGUAGAAAAUAUUGGGAUACAAGAAUUAUUAAAAAAAACAACGGAAGAAAUAGAAUAUCGCAAAAAAAGGUUAUCUAGUGUAGAUUUAAGUAAGAGUAGUAGUGCUAUCGGAAGUAAUAUAUGCAAUAAUAAUAAGAGUGAUAAUAAGAACUAUAAUAAAGAUGAUGAUGACUUUGAUGACAUGGAUGAAAAUAAUAUAUUAAAAAAUGAUAAUUAUAUAAGAAUACCUUUUGAUGAAAAACAAUUUGUAUUAAGAGGAUGUAAAUUAAAAAAUACCGAUUGGAUAAUGGGAAUUGUUAUAUAUGUAGGUAGAGAAACUAAAAUACAAAUGAAUUCUUCAAAAUCAAUUAAAAAAACAAGUAAAUUAGAAAUAUUAACAAAUAAAAUGACCAUAAUUAUAUGGGUCAUUCAAAUGAUUAUUUGUUUAAUUUCUGCAUAUUAUAAUGCUAUAAUUGUAAGUUCAUCUACAAAAAAUCGAUUUAGAUAUUUGCCUUUUAAUUUGGAAAAGGCUAAAAAACCAUACAUAGUAGGAAUUAUUUCUUUUUUCUCAUGGGUAGUUAUUACAGGAAAUUUCGUUCCCAUUAGUUUAAUUGUUACUAUGAGCUUUGUUAAAGUAGUUCAAGCGUAUUUUAUAUCAUGUGAUAAGAACAUGAUUCAUAUAGUACAAGCAGAUGUUCCUUCGUUUGGUGAACAAAAAGAAAUUCCAAAUAUACCCAAAGAUGACAUUUCAUCAGAUGCAGAUGUUAUAAAACGAAUGAGAACAAAAAAAAUAGCAGAUAGCUCUUUAUUACAUAUUGACGAAAAUCAAACAGAAGAAGAUAACAUGGACAUCAAAAGUGAUUGUAUAGCUUUUAAAAAUAAUAGUAGUCAUCAAAAUAUGAAUGGUAAUAAUAAACAGUAUUCAUCUAGUAGUUUGGGAAUUAUUAGUAAUGCACCAAAACGAGAAAUUUCAUCUAGAGUUAUAUCAUUUAAAGAUUCGAAAGAAAAAAAUUAUAUAUAUUUUAAUGCUGUACCAAGAACAUCUAGUUUAAUUGAAGAGUUAGGUCAAAUCGAAUAUAUUUUUUCAGAUAAAACAGGAACGUUAACAUGUAAUAUUAUGGAAUUUCGAAAAUGUGCUAUUAAUGGUAUUUCUUAUGGAAAGGGGCUUACCGAAAUUAAAAGAAAUAUUUUGAAGAAGAAAAAUUUAGAAAUACCUGUGGAGCCAACCAUGAAAUUUAAAAAGAAAACACCUCAUGUAAAUAUUAUAGAUAAUGAUAUAAUAAAUCAUUUGAAAGAUCCAAAUCAUUUUAAUCACGUAAAUUUAAUAAACUUUUUCCUUCAUCUAGCUAUUAAUCAUGCUGUUAUUUGUGAAAAGGAUAAUGAGGGCGUAACUACCUAUUCAUCGAGUAGUCCUGACGAGGAAGCUUUAGUUAAUGCAGCAAAGCAUUUUGACAUUACCUUUUUAUAUAGAAGGGAAGGAAAGUAUGGUAUAAGUAUCUUUGGAAAAAUAUAUGAAAUUGAUACAUUAGCAACUAUUGAAUUUACUAGUAAAAGAAAAAUGAGUAGUGUAAUUUGUAGAAUACCAGUAAUUAAUUCUGAUUAUAAUCACCCAAGAGAUGUUAAAUCAUCUAACAUGGAUAAGAACAAGAAUAGUAUGGAUGAUCAUUUAGGUGUUGGUAAAAAUGAGGAAAAAGAAGAAACGGAUGAUCUGAAUGUAUACCCUCCAAAAAAAGAAGCACAUUCAAAAUUAAAUAAUAAUAAUAAUAAUAAUAAUAAUAAUAUCAGUAUUGAUAAUUUAUAUGAUGAUAAAAAUAAUUGCAAUAUUAUUUAUAAUCAUAAUGAAGGGCGCACACCAGAAGUUAUUACUUGUAAAAAUAGUAAGAAUUCGAAAAUUAUGCUAUUUUGUAAAGGGGCUGGUAGUAUCAUUCUAAAAAAAUUAGCCAAACGAACCGAUGUAGAUGAAAUAACCAUUGAACAUAUGGAAACGUAUGCGGAUGAAGGGUUACGAACUUUAUGUAUUGCACAAAGAGAAUUAAGUGAAGAGAGUUUUGCCGAAUGGUAUCAUCUUUAUAAAGAGGCUUCUUUAAGUAUAAAAGAUAGAGAAGAGAAAUUAGAAAGUGUUGCUGAAUAUAUUGAAAAUGAUUUAAUAUUACAAGGUAUUACUGGUAUAGAAGAUAAGUUACAAGAAGGUGUUAGUUCAACCAUUGAAGAUUUAAGAAUGGCUGGAAUUCAUGUAUGGAUGUUAACAGGUGAUAAAAUUGAAACUGCUAUGAAUAUUGGUAUAGCAGCAAAUUUAAUAGAUAAUUAUUCAGAACAAUUUAUUUAUACAGAAGAGUAUAUUGAGAGUGAAGAAGCUUUAAUAAAAAAAAUAGAUGAUGAUAUUUUAAUGGUUGAAAAAUCUUUAAAUAUACCACAUUAUAAUUUUGAUGAUGAAAAUAAUAAUGUUGAAGAUGAAAAAAGAAAAACUUUUUUUCGAAAUAAUUUUAUAAAGAACUUUUUUUGUGCUAAGAACAAAAGUGGUUUAUUACUUAAUCCAGAUAAAUACAAUAUGUUAAUUAAUACAUUAAAUUAUGUUUUAGUUGUUGACGGUUCUGUUAUUGAUAUAUUAUUAAGUGAAAAAAUGGAAAGAAAAUUCUUUUAUUUAGCUGAUAAAUGUUCAUCAGUUAUAUGUGGUCGAGUUAGUCCAUAUCAAAAAGGAGCCAUUGUUUCAUCAGCUAAUCGAUUAUUAAAUAAAAUUACAUUAGCUAUAGGUGAUGGUGCAAAUGACCGAAAUAUGAUUAAUACAGCAAAUAUUGGAGUAGGUAUAAGAGGACAAGAAGGAGUUCAAGCAUUUAAUUCUUCAGAUUAUGGUAUUAGUCAAUUCCGAUUUUUAAAAAAUUUGUUAUUAGUACAUGGUAGAUUAUCAUAUAGAAGAAUAAGUAAAUUGGUGGUAUAUAUGUUUUAUAAAAAUAUGGUUUUAAUAUUUCCAUUAUUUAUUUUUGGUUCCAUUUCUUUAUAUUCAGGACAAAAAAUAUAUUUUGAAUUUUUAUUACAUUUAUUUAAUGUCCUUUUUACCGCUAUACCUGUUGUAAUUCAUGCUGUGUUAGAUCAAGAUAUUAGUUUAAAUACAGCAAUGGAAAAACCAAAUUUAUAUAAAUUAGGUAUACACCAUUAUUAUUUUAAUAUUAGAACAUUUAUUUCAUGGGUAAUGAAUAGCCUUUUUCAUGGAUCAGUAGUUUUUCUAAUACCUUUAUAUUUUUUAUCAUACUAUAAUAUACCUACAUCAGAUGGAAUACCAUACGACAUUUGGACCGUAGGAUGUGCUACUUAUUUUUUAACAGUUUUAAUUGUUAAUUUUAAAAUUUUAUUUGAAACCUAUUAUUUAAAUAUACUUCCUAUUAGUGGUAUUGCUUUAAGUAUAUUUUCGUUUGUGCUCUUGGUUACUGCAUUUUCUUUUAUGUGUGUAGGAAGUAUUCAUCUUUUAGGAACCAUAGUAUAUCUCGUUCAGUCUCUUCGUUUUUGGUUAGUUGUUAUAUUGGGAUUAUUUACAGCAUUGUUAAGAGAUUACGUUUUUAAAGUGUACAAGAGAAAUUUCAACCCAGAGAUAUAUCAUUUAUUAUUAGAUCAAGAAAUUGCAAAAAUAGGCAUGAACGAUGUUAUUGAUCAGUUAAAGUUGAAUGAAUUUGAUAAGGAUGAUGACAUUAGAAUUGAAAAAUCAAAAUCAUUAGGAUAUGCAUUUAGUGAAGCAGACCCUGCAUGUAUACAAUUAAUUAGAAAACAAGAUAAUAUGAUUUAA